CACCGUCAGCUUUAAAAUGUCACGCAACUCAUCUCAGGAACAUUGACACUCCGUUUACGUCAAGGACCUCUGUGGAACCACGAGUUCUCGCAUCAUCGACGAGGAUUUCACUAAAACUCUCGAUCAAUCGUCCCGAAUAGAAAAGACUUUCUCAAUAUCAACGUUGCUUACUUUUCCCAUCAUCCAUUAUGGAAUCUUAUGCUACCCUCCACUAAACACUUUUCCUUAUUGGCGAAUUGACAUCCGGUUACUGUAGAAAACUACAUCCGUGCAAAAAUCACUGUGUAAUUACUGACAGUAAUCUGGCAAAUUACGUAGAAAUUUGUUGGAAAGAAAAUGGAAUAUUGUUUGAAGUUGAAAUCAAGAUUGAAGUUGAAGUUAAAGCGAAAUUGAAGUAAAACAGAACUGAAGUCCAAGCGAAGUAGAAGUCAAAUUGAAGUCAAAUUGAAACGAAGGUGAAGUUAAGAAGUUCCACAAGUUCCUACCAUGUCAGUCAAUAUAUUAUGCAUGUGGUGGAAGAAUGGAGGUAAAAGUGUACAAAGGAGGAGGAUUCAUCGAGGUCAUCGAUCGAGGUCAAGUUCCAGACUAGUGUGACGUCUAAUCCUGGUGCAUGUGGCUGAUGCUGGUACCGUUGUCCACUCAUAAAGGUCAAAUCCUGGAGGGGAGUAGAUGAAGAAGAAGAAGAAGAAGAAGAAGAGUCUGUAGUGCGUACACGAGAUCGGAAUCUCGGUCUCUGUUAAGUCUGAUGGUUGUUUAGGGACGCCUCUUUUAACUGAAGACGAACAGGUCUCACUCUCUCUCUGGUCUUUUUCUUCCUCCUUUCGAUAUUCGGUUACUGUUAUACGGCUUAGGGCUACGAGGCCUCGAGUGUUCAAAAGCAGUGGAAUCUCUCUUUGUAAUAAAUGUUUAUCAUGGAAAACGUUUCUUUCUGAUAGGCUCGUUUUCUUAUUGUUAUUUAAAGGCAACCAGGACCGGUCCUGGGCAUAGACAGACUAGGCGGUCGCCUAGGACCCCCAUUCAUUCCACCGAUCAAUCAGUUAAAUUUCUGUCAUCAGAAAUAAACGUUUCCAUGAUCGAAGGUAAAUCACUGAUUAAAUCAAUACAUCAAAUUACAUUAUAAUCAGUAAAUCAAGCUGGUAAUUUUUCUUAUCGUUCGAAUUAACGAAAACAAUGAAAUCUGAUCGUUGCAUCGACUUUGAUUGAGUUUAUCGUUUCAAGUGAAACUCGAAUUACACUUUGAUUAGUGUUCGAGAAAGAAAGAUACAGAGAUGGAAGUUUGUACAAGUUUAUCCGACCACAGAAAAACGUUGCGCAACUCUAGAAAAGUAAUAACAAGCAGGCUAGAGGUAUUCGACGAUAUUUGCAAUUGAAGUAGAUUGCGUGUAACUGCUAUGUAAUAGAUUAAUUGGUAGGAAUAGUUCGUUGCCGAUCGGUUAGGUUGGUCAAAACGCAUUGGCAGUUGUCGAAAUCUUAGGAUGAAGAACACGCUUCUGACAAUACUUUUUUACUCGUCCCUCAAGUUUUUCACAGAAGUUCGUUCCAUCGCGAGCUCUUCUUUGGUCGACAUGAAAAACUCCACUCUAAAAUCGAGAAUCGUUCUACCAGAGCACUAUGUGAAAGAGAUCAGGCCACCGGCGAAACGAGGUACGCCAGUGACAGUGGACUUCAAUAUCUUCGUGGCUGAUAUCAAUUCCAUAAACGUGGAGGAUAUGGAUUUUCGAGUGGAUAUGUUCGUUCGUCAGAGUUGGAUCGAGUCUCGACUCGAGAUGCCGGAAGAUAUCUUCGAAGAGGGUGAUGAUUACGUGACUUUACCUCCAGAGUUUUUUGACAACCUCUGGCAGCCAGACCCUUACUUCUUGAAUGCAAAAGUUUCUGAAAUUGCCGCGUUGAAUCACAAGUUCUCCUCGGUUACAUUAUACAGAAACAAAACUGUGAAGUAUUCGGCUCGAAUGCACGCCAUCAUUGCUUGCCAAAUGGAAUUUCAACUCUAUCCAAUGGACAUUCAAACUUGUCCUAUCUACAUAGAAAGUUUUUCCUAUCACAAACAGAAGGUACGCUUGAGAUGGGGAGCGGGUGAUGUGACGGUGAACCCAGAAAUGAAGUUGUUGCAAUACGAUAUUGGGAAGCCCAGGGUUGCCGAAGAAACUAUUGAUUAUAUGAUGGAGAAAAGUGGGAACUUCUCAAGAUUAGUGGUUUAUUUCCGCUUCGAGAGACAAAUUGGUCAUCAUCUGAUACAGACAUUCGCUCCAUCAACCCUGGUGGUGAUGCUGUCUUGGUUCAGCUUUUGGUUGGGUCUCGAUGCAAUUCCUGGACGAGUAGCUCUAUUGGUGACCAGCAUGCUCACCCUAGUCACCAUGUUCACUGGUCUGAAAAGUGACAUUCCUCCAGUUGCUUAUGUAAAAGCACUGGACGUCUGGAUGGCUGGUUGUAUGAUGUUUGUAUUCGCUGCUCUUGGUGAAUUUGUUGUGGUCAAGGUGCUUGAUUUGCGCAAUCAGUUGGAAUACGAUCUUCAAACAUCUCUAUUAUCCCGGCAUUACUCAACACGAAUAAUUGCUAUGGAAAAAGGCCAAAGCAUUUGGGACUAUGAUACAACGUAUACGCCAAAAACAAAGAAUAACAGAGCUGGUAGCAAGCAUCUUUUACAAAAUGCAUGGAUAGAUCACGAGUAUCCGAUAAUACGUAUGUAUAAAACGCGAUCACAAAAGAUUGACACUUACAGUAGAAUAGGUUUCCCUAUAUUAUUUAUGCUAUUUAUCGUUUUAUAUUGGCCAAUACUAUUGCUUAAGAAAGCAGCUUAAGCCUUCUGAUGCAUAAUAAAAAUGUAUAAAUUAUUAGCAAAGUUCACCGAUCGAAUUAUUGUACUUCACUGCAUCGAAGUACGCUAUAAAAUGUUUUAAGAACGUUUCAUGAAAUAUAGUACAAUGUAUAGAAGUAUCAUAUGCUUUAAAAAUUAGUUUGAGAAGUGACUAUUUAAAGAAAAAACGAUACUAUAAGGAAAAUAAAACAAAUGUUCGUAAAAAA